GCUGUUUGACAGUGAUGCGGCUUCUUAUAAUUCGAAGAAGAAAUGCGGCGCUUCUUCUUCCUGUGUGGUGAGUACAGAGGAUCGUGUACAUGGCACACUGAUGUCGGUGUGUGUCACACUCGUGUCCGCUCGCCGUGCCGUGGCGCCGGCAUGUUUGUGGGCUGGAUGGAGCGGGUGGAGGAAAGCGUGUGCCGGGGGAUUGAGGCUGGUCCCGUCCAGAGCCCGCAGCGGGACACGGCCCGGGGCUGCAGGGAAGCUGUUGCGGGAUGGAGAGGACAGGAAAGCAGUGAUCUGUGUUGAGGGGAACAUUGCCAGUGGGAAGACAACAUGUCUGGAAUAUUUCAGCAAAACCAGCAGUAUCGAGGUCCUUACAGAGCCAAUCUCUAAAUGGAGAGAUGUCCGAGGGCACAACCCUCUGGCUUUAAUGUACCAGGAUCCUCAGCGCUGGGGCAUCACGCUACAGACCUACGUUCAGCUCACUAUGCUGGAUCGACACCUGUCAGCUGUGGCAGCUCCUGUUAGGAUGAUGGAGAGAUCUCUCUUCAGCGCCAAGUACAUCUUUGUGGAGAAUCUCUUCAGAAGUGGGAAAAUGCCAGAGGUGGACUAUGCUGUUCUCAGCGAGUGGUUUGACUGGAUUACAGCUAACAUUUGCAUUCCUGUUGAUCUCAUUGUUUACCUGCAGACGUCUCCUCAGACCUGCCAUGAAAGGUUAAAGCAGCGAUGCAGAGAAGAGGAGAAAGUCAUUCCACUGGAGUACCUUGAGUCCAUUCACCAGCUUUAUGAGGAGUGGCUAAUCAGGCGUAGCUCCUGGCCUGUUCCUGCUCCUGUGUUGGUGAUUCCUGCUGACCACAACCUGCAGAGGAUGCUGCACCAGUACGAAGAGAACCGAGCCAAGAUCCUAGCAGCAAGUCUCUGAUGCCCGAACACGCACUCAUGCUAACCCCAACCUGACAGGAAGCUGUUACAGCACAUUUUUUAAGCUGUUUCUGAUCUUACACCUCGUCACAUGUGACAUUUUUGUAUGCACUCCCAGGUCAGCCAUUCCUAUUCAUGAAGACCAAUCUCAGUACAUUUAAUUGCAGUAUUAAAGUAAAAUGUAAUCGAUGUGCUCACAAGAAACUAUCGAGAAACUGAACAUGAGAGCGGAUCAUUCCAGUGCUCGAGCCCAAGCCUGUCAGCCUUCAAAGAUGCUGCGCGCUCAGGCUGGUCCUUGCAUCUUAUCUGCUGAGUUUUUCCUGAGAGCGUGAUUAAUCCUCUGAGUCUGAGGAAGUGUGUAAGUGAAAACUCUUCAUACAGAACAAGUCCAGUGACAGCGUUGUGUCACUUCAGACCACAAGUUAUAGGUCCUGGUCUGAUCACUCCUCUGUCCUUUACCUGCCUGCAUCUGCUCUGCCACCUGAAUGAAGGAGCCUAUUUCCAUGACAACAUUUAGUCAGUGUUUGAACAGGCUGUGUGAUCCGGCACUGUGAAAAAUCUGCAGCCACUGACAGCCUGACGCCCUGGAGCCUUGAACUCGGGGACACGUUGGAGCUUCCUGAGUGAUGCUGUGGGCUCUCUGCCUUCUCUUUCCUUACCCGGAUGAUUGAGCGUACUUAAAGACUCACUGCCAGGUCACAUGACUGAUCAGUCGAGUUUACAGCGCUUGAAGGAUCAAGCAGAGUUGGCUGCAUUGUGUUAGGAAUGAAAUGUGUGUAAAAAUUUGUGUUUUAUUUUAUACACUUUGCAAUUGUGCUCAUUGAGAGUUGGCACUCUGUGUAAUAAAAGUCAAAAGCAUCAAGUAAACAAUAUGAUUGAACUGAA